CUCCGGCUCCACAACCCGCACCGGCUCUUCUUCAUCAUCGUCGUCGUCGUCUAACACUCGCUCCUCCUCAGCCUCCGCCAGCGGCAGCGCCACGUCCUCCGCCUCCGCCGUACUCCCCAGCACCUCCCUCAUCUCCACCGACGGCUCCUGCGGCGGCGCCGCCGGCAAGUCCUGCACGGGAAGCACUUUCGGCACCUGCUGCUCCCCCUACAACUACUGCGGCAACACCACCGCCCACUGCGACACGGGCUGCCAGUCCGGCUUCGGCAAGUGUUCCGGCACGGGCGUCAACGUCGCCGUCUCGCUCAACGGAAACUGCGGCUCUACGAAUGGCGGAGCGACGUGCACCGGCUCGACGUUUGGAAACUGCUGUUCCGCGUACGGAUAUUGCGGUAGCACGUCUGCUUUCUGCGGCACGGGCUGCCAGUCUGUUUACGGUACCUGUGAUACUUCUUCCGGGUCCGGUACGACUGCCGCAUCAUCAACAGCCACCUCAGCCGCGGCAUCCCCCGUCAAAACGGUCAGCACCAUCGGCGCGGCCUGCGGUUCGUCCGCCAACACAAAGUGCGGCGACGGCUUCUGCUGUACGGCGCUCAACGCCUGCGCCAGCAGUAAGAUUCUGUUCGUCAACAAUCCGGCUUGUUCUACCUCGUUGGGCUGCCAGACGAGUUGGAGUAGUACUUGUUCUUAAAACGACAUUUUGUAAUGCAUAAUACAAUGAUGGGGGGGGAGAGAAAAAGCGAGAGCGGGUUUGUUCAAAAGGAUGGGGGGAGAGAUUUAAAGUUGCAAUUACUUGUUUUCGGGUUUCUGACUUUUGUUUUAAAUAUGGUUACUCAUUUUGUUCUUUUUUCCAUCAGAGAGGCGUUGAGGAUUCCUGGGGACUUUACACCAUCGAUAUUGAUAGAGCGAUCGAUGCUACUCACCUUGAGGUACUUACUACCUACCAUCACCUAUUACAACAAUCUUAAUAGAAUGGUGUAUUGACCAUC